AUGUCGAGCCCAUCGUUGUCGAACCAGAACGGAUCUCAAGCUUCCCCACCAGUCGAAGUCGAUAAGAGGACACAGCAGCCUGCACCGCGCGUUCGCCGCAGGAAUCGACUCAUCACUUCUUGUCUCGAAUGUCGACGGCGGAAGUUGAAGUGCGACAAAGGCCACCCAUGUACACAUUGCACCAAAAACACGCGACAAUGCGUUUUCAUUGCCUCCGGACUUGAUGCAAAUGCUCAGGCAAAGCUAGCCGAGGUUAAAGAGCAGAUGGGUCGUUUGGAGAGGAGCCUUGAAGAAGAUGUUGCGCGCAAGACAGAAAUAAACUUGAGAAAUACUGCAAGCUUUUCUAGGGUUGGUACACUCCCUGGUCAGGAACAGUCAAGCGACCAAGAAGACGACGAGGACACCAAGGAUCUCCGGCCGACACAUCUCGUUACUGAAGAUGCAGCUUACUAUGAGCCUGACGACGAUGUCAACGACGACAUGGUCGAUCUGGGCUUUCGAAUGGGCAGAGUUCGCAUCACAGAACGCAUUGGGGGACUUGUUCGUCCAAGAUUGUCGGAUGAGCUUGCUACAACACUUAAAGAGUUACCAGAUCGCGAAACUCCGUCUCUGUCUGCCAUCGAAGAAGAUGCCGUAAAUUGGUUAGCACCCACACAAGACUAUGUCGCUCCAUCUUCAAACUUUGUGUUGGCGUCCGGAAUCGACCAAACCGCUCUUGAGUCACAUCUGCCUGCUCGGGUCGUGGUUGAUAAACUACUCUCUCAGUAUUGGGUUGCGGUGCAUACCAUAGCCCGGACCGUACACCGCCCUUCAUUCGAGCGACAGUAUCAGAACUUCUGGAUCAGAGUCAACAUGGGCAUGGAGCCUCGCGCAUCUUUCCAAGCAGUGCUCUUUGCAGCUUUGCUAAACUCAGUCGUUUCAAUGACCGACGACAUGGUGCAAGUCGAGUUUGGUGUUGAAAAGCAAACCAUGAUAGACAGCUUCAGGGAAGGGACGGAGGCAGCGCUUGCGCGAGCCAACUUCCUACGCACUACAAAAUUGGAGACAAUUCAGGCUUUCGUGAUGUACCUCAUUCCGCUAUGUCGCAACGAAGUAUCUCGCGCCCACUCUGCACUAACUGGGUCACUUAUUCGCUUGGCUGAAUGUAUGGGAUUGCACCGGGACCCGACGGCCUACAGCUCCUCGCCGGUUGAGAUCCAAGUACGGCGUCUCAUAUGGUACCAAAUAUGUUUUCUGGAUCUACGUACUUGCGAAGCUGUUGGCCCACGUCCGCAAAUUCGGCUCGACGACUAUGACACUCGCUUUCCGCUGAACAUUGACGAUGUUGAUCUCGACCGUGCUGAGCGUGGCGAGGGCGAAAUAGACGUCAGUAAAGAUCGCAAUCACUUCACCGACAUGACUAUUAGCCUCAUGCGAUUUGAAGGAUACGAGAUGCAUCGCUUCCUUUGGACCGAGCGUCCAAAAUUGGAUCGCAAACGCGCUGACGGAAAGAGCGAAGUCACAAUCACUUCGCUUCUGUCGCGAGUUCAGUCAUUCCAAGCGGCUAUGGAAAAGAAGUACCUUCCCAUGCUGUCCAAGACAGAGCUAUUACACGUUCUAGCGUCAGAGCUAUACGGCAUCGUCUCGAACCGCUUGUAUAUUUCCAUCUUACAGAAGUACAUUACUUCUGCUCGCAGCCGAAUGCCGGAGCGAUUACGACAAUUGACACUAAGCGCAGCGACCAUGAUUCUGGAACAUGGCAUGGCAAUUGAGCAGCAUCCAGUGCUAUCUUCCUGGGCAUGGAUCGUCGGUGCUCUCCAUCAACACCACUGCGCGCUUCUUCUCGUAAGCGAGAUUUACGUAGCAAACCCGGAACCAGCGAUGGAACAGCGAAUAUGGAAAUGUCUGGACUACUCGUUCAAUCUACCCACUGGACUAUCCAACGUUGAGAAAACGAGGAUGGUUUUGGAAGAGCUCGUCGGCAAGACGAAAGCCUACUCUGCCUUGAAAAGAGUUCGUGUUCCUGCCGACAUGCCGCAAGCAGGCCUGGAGCCUCGACAACGCGUACAGAGGGAGGAGGGCGGACGUGAUGGAAGCACGCAGUCGGAGCCGAGUACUUCUGGUCCACUUUCGCAUUUACUGAACAGCAAUGCAAACCUGCAAAAUCUCGUACCGCCUUCGCCGUCACCACCACAGACUUCUCAGGUUCAGUCCACGUUAGUACCCAGGCUCAACACGUUUCCUGGCGCUAUGCCGACUGUAGACUGGGGUACCAUCGACAUGCCAGCGACAGUAUCUGUUUCAACCUACGACGUCAUUCCUGGGAAUAGUCCAGGCAAUCUGAUGCCAACCACCGCCCAGCAAGGUGAAAGUAGUAAUAGUAGUCCGAUUUCUACCAUGUACGAGGGUGGAAUAGCAGCUGGUUCUAACGGUAACACUGCGAUGGACGCUAUCAACGACAUCGAUUGGAAUGAUAUCGAGGAGAUGUUCGGUGAUGCUGAGAUGGGGGCGGGCAAUAUGCUUAUCCCGCCUUUCGCAUUUCCUUCUUUCUCAGCUUCGAAUCUGCAGUGGCCGGCUUCGGGUCGAAUGCAGUAA